CGGCUCAGUCAAUCUUCGGUCGUCGACGCGUUUGCAGUGCUUGCUCGGCUUUUGGUCGCUCGCUCGGUAAGAAGUAGCAGCAGCAGCAGCAGCAGCAGCAGAAGAAGAAUUGCAUUAAUAAACCAUUGGCCGCUGGUUUUACUCUAUGCCAAGGUCUUUCGCCCUGCUCGAUUCGUGGUCGGUGCUUUUUCUUGCUGCUUUCAAGUAGUUUUACUUAUUCAUUCGCGACCGAUUAGUUUGGCGGUUCUGUGUCGUGCUGAAUCACGAGCUUUACAGAAGUGUUUUGAUAUUCAGCAGAAUCGUGCGAUAAGAGUGUAAUCGAUUAACAGCAUCCAAAGGUUCGUUUCAUUGCAAGCGUCUGAGAUUUUGUUUUGGAUCGUGUCUACUUAUCAGCUGCCGAAAGUGAGAGUGCCUGACGUGUCGUACAGUGUGGUUUAUUUGGUUGGUGCUUGCAAGUGAGAGAAGAGAAACACAUCCACACCGAGCAAACAAGCCGCAAGAUGAGCAGUGGCGUUGAUGAAAUUCUUUCCUUCAAGCGCAAUCCGGAUGAGGAUUUUUACGCGUUGCUGAAUUGUGACGAGAAUUCCUCGGUCGAACAAAUUCAGGCCGAGUACAAGGUGCUGGCUUUGCAGUACCACCCGGACAAGAAUGCAGGCGACAAGGAUGCCGAGGCAAUGUUCCAGAAAUUGAAGGAAGCCAAGGAAAUCCUGUGCGAUCCGGAGCGGCGUGCCAACUACGACAAAUGGCGCAGCAGCGGUAUUCAGAUCAGCUAUAAGAACUGGGUCGGCAUGAAGGAGCACGUCCAGCAGAGCAUGCACUGGGCGACACCGAAAACCAAGGAUCGAAUGCUGCCGGAAACGGGAACAGGAGCGGGCACCGGCAGCGGUCUGAGCGCGGCUCAGCCGAAUCCGGCUCAUCGGCGUGCAUCCGAGGGUGGUGCAGCCCUGUACUACGGAGGCCGGAAGGGCGAAUGGGGUUCGGAGAACCCGAGCGAGGUGGUUAACAAGUUCCGUAAUUAUGAAAUUUAAGCCCGUUAAAAUUAUUUGGCGAGAGUUAAGUUUCGUUUUACGUUCUGUUUGCGGGGGACGGUUAAUGUGUGACUGAUGGGGAGCUGAACUCCCAGUGUCUUCAGACUGGUGCUAGUUGUUAGGUGAAGUUUUUGUGCUCCUUUUUACCGCGAACUGGUCACCGGCAUGGAAGACACUUGGAGUUACUCAUUCGAUUGGGAGUGGUUGCACUUACUUAAUUAUGUAUCUUAUUUUUUUGUUAAUGUUUUAUUCUGGUACAAGAAAUGUUUUGUUUCUGUAUCGUUUUCGAAUAAAAAAUAUACCCAAAGGGGAUCAUUAAAUAAACGCGUUACAAGAAAUAAAAUUAUAUCUCAAUAAAUUACAAGAAAAAUGAUUGCUGUUUCAUACAAAAUAAUUGUCUCAUGUUAUUCGUGAAUUAUGUAGACACAGUAUAAUGAUCAUAUAACUGUAUGAUAAGUGUUGAUUGAAGAAUGUAUAUGUAACUAAAAAUCAAAAUUUCAAAUUAGAUGUUAUAUCAGUGAAUAGUGCAUAAUGAAAUAUAUAUCUGAUGAGUAUUUAACUUGUAGUCAAUUUUCGUUGUGUUGCCAGUAGGAAGAAACCGAACAAAUAAGAUCAGAUAUUUUAGAGUAAUAAUUUCCAUACAAAACAAAAAAAAAAACAAGAAAUAAAAGCAAUGAUCGGCCAUCUUCCUUCUCGGUGCCAUCAACCGGAUUGCAAAUAUGUAUCUCUCUCAUAGCUGAACCGGUUAGCGCGGAAAAAAUACAUUCUACACGGUGGGAGAAAUGUUAGCACUGGCAGUAAAACAUGUUGGUAAUGUUAUUUGAAAUUUUGUACAUUGUCGUAAGAUAAGUUGAAUAAAAUAAUGAAAACCAAUCUAGAUUUAGACUGUCUACAUAGUGGAAUGUUUUGCUCGCCCCGUCGUUUAAAAGAAACUGUUGUUUUUUGAUAUCGUAGUCUACUUUUCCUAUACACUAGCACGUAAGUUAAAGAAGGAGCAAAUUAUCAGCAAAUUGAUCGAUGACAGCAACAAUGUUUAUCCCAUUCGAAUUUAUCGCGUGCACUGACAACCACGCAAUCGAGUAAACAGACUCCGUCGCCUGACUAUCUUUCCUAAGACUUUUCCCACCAAAUGCUAAGAGAAAACUGCUAGAAGAGCAGGCAAAUGAACCCCUCCUGAUCUACAAAAAUAUAUUUUUGUAACUUAUUCUAUUUAAACAAUAUGUAUAUUAUACACUGUUACCUAUACAUAGAUACAACUUUAAAAAUUACUGAACGCACUGUUCUGUACUUGAACCACUGUGUCAAAGUUCCAUUUUCAUGCGAAAAUCCCAUUAAAUCUCCACCAGAGACAUGUUUUCCACGUCUGAAUUGAAUGGUACCUAACUGUCCUUCACAAUCUUUAACCAACGCAGGGCUUGAGGUUUCCCGAGUUCCUAAAGCAAGCGAAACUGAUUUUUUCUUAGUUCACGAGUAUUUGACUCAACAAUUCAUUAGAGAAUAUUUGUAGCGGGGUUUGCGUGUGAAAGUGAGAUAUCACAAUCCUCCACCACCAUAUUUCCAAUCUCUUCGAUUUUGCCAUACCGUGGAACAACUAACACGAACAGUUAACUAUCGGUGUUUACUAAUCUAUGAAACAGAAACAAUCUGCUAAAAAAAUUGGUCUACAUUAAGCUCAAAGAAUAAUUGAACCAUGAUAUAAACCGCGUACAGCGGACAGUAAAAUAUCAUUUGAUCGAACGCAUAUUUUGAAGCUACCAAAAAGCUAAAAAAGUAUACAUCUGUUAGAAUAAAUGUGAUAACUGGUAAAUGAGAACAAAUAUUGUACGAUGUUGCAUUAUACCUACAAAAUCAAAACAAAAAAGAAAAUCUAGACCGAGACAUUAAUGUAACAACACAACACAUGACCCAACUAAUAAAAAGUCACAAAAUCCUGAACUAA